UCUCCUAGUGGGCGUAGUCCUAACUUUUUCUUUUUUCUAUCCAAGAACAAAGCUGUCGCUGUCUAGUGUAGAUCUAGUCAUGGCUGGAUCCAAGAUUGUCUUCUACUAUGAUGUGGUGUGCCCUUUUGCAUACAUGACAAGCACUCUCGUCGAAGAUCUAGCAAGGAGGGCUGGAGCAACAGUUCUCUGGAGGCCAGUACUUCUGGGAGGGCUAUACGAGGCUACUGCAGCUGCCCAGGGAAGAGAAGGCUCUGCAUCGAGUGUUAUGAACUCAAAUAAAGCCGUCGUUUACUCUCAAGACCUUUUGCGGCAGCUAAAACGUAGAAAUGUGCCCUAUCGCACACUUGAAGUGCCAAUCAAGAAAACACUGACUGCAAUGCGUUUGCUAGCAGCUAUUCCAGAUAACAGCAUCAGAGCUGGACUCUCGCAUGCUCUGUAUAGGGCUCAUUGGUAUGAGAAACGUGAUUUGACUGACUCCAGUGUUAUUGAGGACAUAGCCUUACCAUUUGGAGUGUCAAGUCGAAAAUUGUUGCAGUCUGAAGAUGCUUCUAGAAACCUCCGAGCAAACACAUCAGAGGCAGCCUCCAGAGGAGCAUUUGGAGUACCAUCACUGUAUGUGAACAAUCGCCUGUUUCAUGGUACAGACCGGUUAUUCUUUGUGGAAAGAGCUUUGGGAGUUGAUGCACAUCCAGAACGCCUUAUGUCCCCACAAUCCACCGGGUCUGCUACCCUCACUUUCUUCUUUGACUACUCUAGCCCAUGGAGCUUUGUAGGCUUUGAGAGGUUGGAGCAGUUGCUCAGAGAUGUCAGUCCGGUGAAUGUAAAGAUUGAAUGGGUACCUUUUCUGCUGGGUGCACUGUUCAAGCAAAUAGGUACUCCAAACGUACCUGCUGUUGCGAUGAACGAGGCUAAAAGGAACUACUACACGCAGGAUCUACAUGACUGGUGCCAGUACGCUGGAGUUAAGCUACAAUUCCCCAGUACUUUCCCUCUACGCACUGUUCUACCAUUAAGAGCAACUUUGGCUUCCAACUGUGACCCAACUAUCAUAAGAACGCUAUACAGGGCCGCCUGGCAAGAUAAUCUCAACAUUGGAGAGAAAGAUGUCAUGUCUUCGUUGCUGACGGGAGAUAACAUAAAUCUGUUGGAUUUAGCUAAUACUGACACUGUCAAGACGCAACUCUUUGCCAACACAUCAAGAGCUGUUGAAGCUGGAGUCUGUGGUGUUCCCAGUUUUCAAGUCAAUGGAGGCCCACUUAUUUGGGGACAAGACAAGCUAAACAUUGUUGCGGACAUGAUUUGUGGAUGGACUGAUCCACAACCUAAACUGUAGAAUUACAAUAAAAUUAAUGAUUAUUGUGUAUAAUAAUUAUAAUUUACAAUAUUAUAACUAUACAAUAAUUUUAGAUUGUUGUCCUGGGCUCAUGUACAUUAUUUCACGUUUCUUUCUCAUUUCAAGUA